AUGGAAAUGAACCAUUUGAUAGGGUCAGUCAUCUGCACCUGCUGGUCGAAGCCUGGCGACAUUCGUUAUGUCGGCACUCUCCACGAAAUCAACCCCGAGGCCUCCACAAUAGCUCUUGAGAAUGUCAUGUCUUUUGGCACAGAGGGACGGCGAGGGAAUCCUACAGAGGAGAUCGCCCCGUCUACCAGUGUCUACGAAUACAUUGUCUUCCGGGGCAGCGAUGUGAAAGACAUUAGCAUCGCCCAAGAAGAGAAAAAGGAGACCGCACAACCUGAACCACCCCGGGUACCUGAUGACCCUGCCAUCCUAGGAAGCAUGUCGCGACCUGGUCCUGGGCCAGGACCCGAGCCUGGCUCUGCGCCCCAGGGCCUCCCUCAGACUCAAGCACCUCCCCAGCCGCCUCAGGGCGCUCGCCAGACCCCUCCUGGCUAUCCCCAACAGCCCCCAUUCCAGCAAGGCUUCUACCCGCCGUAUGGACAACGCUUCGGGCCUCCUCCCCCGUUUCCACCGGGCCCCGGGUUCCCAAACAUGCCCUAUGGUGCUCCGCCAGGAUGGUACCCUCCCCCUGGCCAAGGGUUCCCGCAGGGCCCUGGUCAGUUUCCGCCUCAGAUGCCUCUUGGUCUGCCAGGACAGCACCCUCAGCAGCGCCCGGGGCCUCCCGGAGUCGUGCCUGCCCCUAAGCCAACCUCAGAGCUUCCCGUAGGAGAUAAAAUCCCCAGCAAGCCCGCCAGCCGAAAUGCUACCCCUGGUGCGCAGAAUGCUCCGGUCCCGCCGGUUGAGUCAAAGCCAUCUGUAGCGGAGGUGGUUCAUGGCUCAGCAGGUCCUGCGGCUGCGGCCUCUCAGAAGAGUGGUCGGGUUAUGCCGGCUAUUCCGAUCGCCGCGCCGAAGCCCGCAGCUCCCAUCCCCACUGCGCCCGCAGCUGGUGGACAGGGAAACGCCCAAAACAUUACGGAUGCCACUGCCGCAGCCACGGCGGCUGUCGCUGCGGCCAUGGCUAAAUUGCCACAGCCCGGUGUGCAGAAGAAGCCUGGACAGGCCGAUGGCCCUGUUGACUCCCUAACCCGGAAGAUGAAUGAGAUGCGGCCUUAUGAUGGCGCGCGUGUUCCUCGUGGCGGACACCAGCACCCCCGCGGCGGGCGAGGCGCUGCUCGUGCUCCGCACAAGAAGUUUGAAGUCCCCGAGUCGGACUACGACUUCGAGACGGCCAACGCCAAGUUCAACAAGCAUGAUUUGGUGAAGGAAGCCAUCGCCACUGGGUCUCCUGCUGCCGAAGCUGAGAUCCACGCCGCCAACGGUGAGCCGGAAAUCACCGAACCCGCUGCCAAUGGCACUGCGUCCACGCACGGGUUGUACAACCGUACCACGUCCUUCUUCGAUAACAUCUCGAGCGAAGCUCGCGACCGGGAAGAGAACGCGGCCACUCGGGUUGGCGGUCGCGAGUGGCGCGGCGAAGAGGAGAAGCGUAACAUUGAGACUUUCGGCCAAGGCAGUAUCGACGGCUACCGCGGCAACUACCGCGGCCGGGGCCGUGGACGUGGCUAUGGUCGGGGACGUGGCUACAAUCGGGGCUACGGUGGCCGUGGCCGAGGUGGUCGCGGGGGCCGGGCUCCGUCGCAGUCCACCGGCGUGCCCUCGCAGGGCUAA